GAGGCAGCAACUCCUCUCCUUAUGAGGAAAAAGAAGAAGAAGAAGAAGAGCAAGCUAAUUAGCUACAUAUUUUGUCUUAUUGUGUGUCAAACUUGAACCUCAAAUGUUGACAAUACACGUUUCUGAGCGUGUGAAAGUGUAUUUCACACAUUUGGCCACUAGAGGCAGCAACUCCUCUCCCUAUGUGAAAAGAAGAAGAAAAGUAAAACCUCAGUCCAGGUCGCUCUUCCGCUCCUCCUCUCCGCUCGCUCGCCGUCUCUUCGCCGCCAUCUUAGGCCGAGCUCCAGCGUGCCCUGCCUGUCUGUCGGACCGUCGGCUCCACAGGAUAUCCGUCUUUCAGCAUCGCAGACGCUUGCGUAUCUCCGAAUCGCCGCACAUGAUGGAGAGGAGUCGUCGUUCGCUCUUCGCCGCCCCUCUGCAGCGUCACACGAGUAAAUGUGGGUUAUCUCACACUUCCGAGGCCCUGGCAAGCCUGGAGCAGCUGGAGCUCAAGGAAGCUGAAGACCCAAGAGGAUAUUGUUUUGGUGGUUAUCACCCCGUGCAGAUAGGCGACACAUUUAAUAGAAGGUACAAGGUGCUCUCGAAGCUCGGCUGGGGUUAUUUCUCCACUGUGUGGCUCUGUCUGGAUCUCAGUUUUGGUCGUCGCGUUGCUGUGAAGAUUCUGAAGAGUGGAGCUGGUUUCGCUCAGGCGGGACAGGAUGAACUUGCCCUCUUAAGAUGUACCGGUGGGUCCUCCAGAAGGCAUCCACAUAGUGGGAAGAUAGUUCAGCUGCAGGAUGAGUUCAAGCUGGCCGGAGUCAAUGGAGUUCACAUAUGUCUAGUGUUGGAGCUACUGGGACCAGACCUGAGAACCUUGCAGGCGCACUUUAAGAAUCGGCGACUCUUUCAGCCUUGUGUCAAACAAAUACUCAUUCAGGUGCUGCAAGGUUUGGAUUACCUUCACGAUCAGUGUAAAAUAAUCCACACAGACAUCAAGCCAGAGAACAUUCUGCUGUGCAUAAACCAGCAGUCCAACAAUCAACCAGUGGGUGGCAGCAGUGUGCCCAGUCUACCUAUUGAGGAUGAGGUUCAGCCCAAAGAAAAAGAAGAGGCUACUCCCUGCGUGUUCACUGAAGUUACAGUGAAGAUCGCUGACCUGGGGAGUUCCUGUUGGGUGUACAAACAUUUCUGUGGGGAGAUCCAGACUCGUCAGUACCGUUCAUUGGAGGUCCUACUUGGGUCUGAGUACGGCCCGCCGGCAGACAUCUGGAGCGUGGCCUGCAUGGCCUUUGAGUUGCUUACUGGAGACUCUCUGUUUGAACCCAAAGCUGGCGCCUCCUUCUCCCUGGAAGAAGAUCACAUAGCCCAGAUCAUGGAGCUGCUGGGUAAAAUACCACCAACUGUAGUUUUUUCCGGGAAAUAUUCGUCGCAGUACUUCAGCCACAGAGGUGACCUCCAGCAUGUCGGACUGUUAAAGAUCUGGAGACUCUACGACAUUCUGGUGGAAAAAUACCACUUCCUCUUGGACGAAGCUUCCACUUUCUCUGACUUCUUACUGCGCAUGUUAGAUUAUUACCCGGAGAGGAGAGCCACUGCUGCACAGUGCCUCCUUCACCCUUGGCUGACCUCCUGAUGUCACCUCCUUAAGGUCCUACAAGGCCUCUGCAGGUUACUCAUAAUAGCGGAUUGUAAUGGUAACCAUAGACCAAAGGUUCUCUUUUGCACUAGUAACCGACAUACUAGAAGAUUUAAGAUGCAAAUGUACACCAAUCCACAUGAAGUCUGACCCAGUUUAGUAACACCGUUUGAAUUGUUUUUCAUGACUUAAUUUAAAAAAAAAAAAAUAGAUUAGUGUUUUGUGCGGAGCAACGCACUACAAAAAAAAAACAUGCAUACACGCUUUAUUAAAACACUGUAUUUUGUCCUUGGAAGAGGCCCUUUAAUGUCACUAACAUUAACUAAUUCAAUAACAUUUAUUUCCUGGAAGUAACUUCACAAAAUGUAUUUAUUUUCUUCUUCUAUAAAAUCUAUAUAACUUAAAAAUGUUUUAUAUGUUUUACACCACCAAAUUUACAGUAUAUUGAGGGCAACACUGUAAAACAGUUGCGUUGUUUUUUUGUUUUUUUACAAUGUUAUAAAUUACAUUUUUGUUUGAUUGAUUUGGUACAUUUGUUCCACUCAUUAUGACACUUUCUUUCCUUUCCUUUUGCAUUGUGGCCCUAAUACUAACAAUCAGCAUUAUUAUUAUAUUUUUCCAUCAGUAUUUCCACUCAUAUAAACAGGUUUUGGCCGGACAAAAGUGAAAUAUUGUGAAAAAUGUGGAUGUGUUGAAAACUUUGUGCAGCUAUUAUUCAACUUGCAGAUGCGUCAAAUCAGAUAUUUGAUGAUAUAUACAGUAAGGUUACAGUUAUUUAUCUGCACUAACCUUAAAACCGGAAUUCACAUGUUGACUUAUUAUUCACUUGUUUGAAGAAUAUGUUCUGACACAAUGCUAAACUGGUUUUUUUGAAGGCAUUUUUAAAUAAAUGACCUCCAAUACUGACAAA